AUGGCUGGCUGGGACGAUUAUAUCAAUAUCCUUCUCCAGAAGAGCAGUGCCAUCAAGAGAGCCGCUAUCAUCGGAACUGAUGGAUCAAUUUGGGCGAGAACAAAUGACGGGGGCGCUUUCAGAGCUACCGACGCUGAACUCAAAAAGUUUGCUGCUCUUUUUGCCAACAUCAAAUCUGUACCAGGUACCGGUGCCGACCUGGAAGGCGUCCACUACAUUGUUCCACGUGUCGAGGAGAAACUGAUUUUCGGAAAGAAGGAACAGACUGGUUUCUUUGCUGCCAAGACAAAUCAAGCCAUCGUCAUUGCUAUGUACGAAGGAGACAACGCUCAGUCGGCAGCAGUUCGUGCCGGAGUUGAAUACCUGGCUUCUUACCUGGAAAGCGCUGGAUAUUAG